AUGCCUGACUGGAGCGAGCAGUUGCAUUUUGGUGCCUCUUUAGGCCAGCAGGUCGCUGCGUGGAACGAGGGCCAGAACGACAGGCCGGCAAGUCGUUGUUUCUACUGUGGUACCGUCGCGGGGCAAAGGAGUUCUCUGAUGCUGGGUGGUAGAGACAGCACAACUGGUUUUCUUCAUCAGCUAGACCUGGCUGAGAAACAGCAUCAAGGCCUGCAUGGACAGCAGCUCCUGAGGAAGGGCUCUGUUCCUGAUCUGAGCAGUAACCUCUACCUGAGGCAAGCCAUGGCAGGCCGGACCUCGGUAACAGCUCAAGAUUACUACCUAGCUGACGCUUCCUUAUCUGGUCAGCCACCUGAAGAGUCUGGGUUUUACAGGGACAACCAGCACUCACUCACCAGAUCAGCCUCGCAUUAUGGAGGGGUGAGGCCUGCUUGGGAUCAAGGUCAGGCAAGGGCCACACCUUCUGCUUCUGCACCUACAUCCGUGCCUCCUCCUCCCCCGCCACCUCCACCCCCUCCUCUGCAUGAGCUGAGCCGUUUGUACCGGGAAGCUCUGGGAUCUAAGAUGAUCCCAGACGUCCAGCGUAUUGGUGGCAGCUCUUUUACUCCAGCCGCUAUCUACGGGGUCCAGCCCCCUCUUCCUAUUUACGCCUCUGAACCACCGUCUCUGCCUGCACAUCAAGUUUAUAACAGCAUCACCAGCUUGCCCCUGGAACCUCGCCAGCCAACUGGCACUAGCUCAGUGGUGGACCCAGUAUCUCAAGUGAUGGACGGAGCUCUCCCACGGGCCUAUGGAGCUGUGGCCUCCCAGAGGCUGCCCUAUGACCCCAACUAUGACCCUGCCUCAGUCAUGGUGGCCGCCACAGCUGGAAUGCCAUCCAACCUGCCUCCAGUCCAUCCCAGCUCUGCAGACCCCAAGAAGAUGGUAGACCCUACCUUUUUGGCUUUCCUGCGAGCCGAAGGCUUGGCUGAGAGCACCAUCACUCUGCUGCUGCAACACGGCUUUGAUUCCACAGCCACGUUGAUAAUGAUGGAGGAUCACGAUAUUCGGUCUGUGGCCCCGAACUUGGCCCAAGCCCGUGUUUUGUCCCGCCUGGUGAUGGGAUGUAAAACAGGCGGCGCUGCGACACGUACCCGGUCUAACAGCUUUAGCCAUCGCAAUGACCUCUACAUGCAGCCACAGGGGCUGACGAUGGACACUAGUCUGAUGCAACAACCCUCCACUACUAUUCAGACCGUAUCUCCGAGAAUGGGGGAGUUUCUCGGCCGAAGGCCAAGCAGUGCUCCUUCUCAGCAUCUCCUGGAGACCACCACCUACCCUGGGGCGAGGCCACUGGCAACUGGAGCUUACCCAGUUAGCCCUGGAGGAUACAACAAUGUAGUGCCUCAGGGAAGACCUCUCUCUAUGUACAAUCCCCACACCGGUCUUGCCAUGUCUGCGCUUGGACAGCAACCCCCACCAGCCCCUGGCACUCCCGGAUCGGCGCCCAAAACCUUCUCUGGCUCCUAUUCCCCCAUGGAGCUGAUGAAGAGAGCCCCAAACCUUCCCCCGGCUUCCCCCAUUGCAGCAGCGAGCCCCCUCCACAGCCCACAGCUUCUCCGGAAAGGGAUCAGUGCUGCUCCUGAGAGCACCAUUGUUCCUUCUACCUCCAACACCUCUCUCCAAGGGCAAACCACCACCAACAACAAGUUGGUUGGACGUCGCACCGGUCCGCCUGUUAUAGUCUCAACCAUGGCCACCGCACCCGAUACAAGUAUUCGGCCCCAAAUCAUGAACGGGCCUAUGCAUCCGCGCCCGCUGGUGGCACUGCUGGAUGGGCGCGACUGCACCGUGGAGAUGCCCAUCCUGAAAGACUUAGCAACCGUCGCCUUCUGCGAUGCCCAGUCAACACAGGAGAUCCACGAGAAGGUGCUAAAUGAGGCAGUGGGAGCCAUGAUGUACCACACCAUCACCUUGACCAGAGAGGACCUGGAGAAGUUCAAAGCCCUACGCAUCAUCAUCCGCAUCGGCAGCGGAUAUGACAACAUCGACAUAAAGGCAGCUGGAGAACUAGGGAUUGCUGUGUGCAACAUUCCCUCUGCAGCCGUGGAGGAGACGGCCGAUUCCACCAUUUGUCACAUCCUGAACCUCUACAGGCGGAACACCUGGCUCUAUCAAGCUCUUCGGGAGGGCACGAGGGUCCAGAGCGUGGAACAGAUCCGCGAGGUGGCCUCUGGUGCCGCUCGCAUCCGUGGCGAAACCCUCGGCCUCAUCGGAUUUGGUCGUUCGGGUCAGGCAGUGGCCGUCCGGGCUAAGGUCUUCGGCUUCAAUGUCAUCUUCUACGACCCAUACCUGCAGGACGGACUGGAGCGCUCGUUGGGCGUGCAGCGCGUCUACACCCUGCAGGACCUGCUCUACCAGAGCGACUGCGUCUCCCUGCACUGCAACCUGAAUGAGCACAACCAUCAUCUCAUCAACGACUUCACCAUCAAACAGAUGCGUCAGGGCGCGUUUCUGGUCAACACCGCGCGGGGAGGCCUGGUGGACGAGAAAGCUCUGGCUCAGGCGCUGAAGGAGGGCAGGAUACGGGGAGCCGCCCUGGACGUCCAUGAAACUGAGCCCUUCGCUUUUGCACAGGGCCCUCUGAAAGACGCGCCAAACCUGAUCUGCACGCCUCACACAGCCUGGUACAGUGAGCAGUCCUCUCUGGAAAUGAGGGAGGCGGCUGCCACUGAAAUCCGAAGAGCCAUCACAGGACGAAUCCCCGAUAGUCUACGAAACUGUGUGAACAAGGAGUUUUUUGUUACCACGGCCCCCUGGGGAGUUAUGGAGCAACCAGGCGUUCACCCUGAGCUCAACGGCGCUGCCUACAGAUAUCCGCCGGGUGUUGUUGGAGUGGCUCCAGGCGGCCUCCCGGGGGCGUUAGAGGGCAUGGUGCCCGGUGGGGUCCCCAUCGCCCACACUCUGCCCUCUGGUACACACCCUUCCCAGGCCCCAUCACCAAACCAGCCCUCCAAACACGGCGAGACGAGAGAGCACCUCACCGAGCAAUAGCAGAAGAGGGGAUCCGAGCAGCGAACAUCUCAUCUGACAACGCUCAGAAAACCAACCGAUCACGAAGUAAACCGACCAACCUGGGGACCAAGAGACAGUGAAAAACGACACAAAGCGGCUGCCUGUUGAACCAGCCUGGAAAUGGGAACUAAGGAAGUGUUACGGGGAAUUUGUACUUUUAAAGUUUCGGUUUUUACUCUGUCUGUUUGAGUUCUGUACCGACUUUACUCUUUGAUGAUGUUUUUGAGGUUUUUUUUUUCUCCUCCACCUUUGGGACAUGCCUAUGAUUGUGGACACAGAGUCCAGUGCUUUUAGUGCUCCAGGAUUACCUGAUAAGACUCUGUUCUGCCUACCCUAUACAAAUGGAAAAUAUAGGCCCACUUCUCAGAAGAACAGAAAAAAAAGACCAUCCUGUGCUACUGGACCUCAUUCAUCCCCCUCCUGAACUCCAAACACCUUUCCAAUACCUCCUUUAUGUAACAAGUGCGUGUUGAUUAGAUUUCCCUCCCCCAUCUAAGGCUCAGAAAAGAUUUUAUUUUGUUUUCUUUUUUAGUGUGAAUGAUUAAGAUUUUAUUAUCAACAUAUAUCUAUUUAUCAUUCAAAUAAACAUGAGAUUUGUCAUCAGUUCUAAUAAUCUAUAGUGAUUUUCAACCCUUUCCUGGCAGCAAUUCACAGCUGCAAUAUGACCAUCACCGCUAGGGGUCACUUUUAUACUUUGGAGAUGUCCACUUUUUGGUAGGUAAACAAUAUGAGGGUUGAGUUUUAAGUUAUAUAUAGAGGUGUACAGCUACCUCGGUUUUUAAAAAGGGGACCUGCAACCUACCUACCAUCAAUGAUCAUUCAGGUUCCUGAGUAAAUUCACUGCUGGCAGGAAAGGGUUAAAGCACACUUCAGUUCUUAACUCAGGAAAAACACUUUUUUGCAGAUUUCCUUCCCAUUAAAUUUUCAUCACUUGAGUUGUAAAAAAGGAAAAAGAAAGAUGAGACUAAUCCGGUUCGUCUGAAUACGUUCUCCUCCAUCAUCCUCUCCAUUGUGGUAUUUUUCUAUACAAGGUGCAUCAUAUGUUUUUGGUGUUAAAGAGUUUUGAGGAGUCCUGUUAGAUUUGUAUUGCCUAGUUAAAUGUUCCUAUAACCAUAGUCCUAUGUGAUCCAUCCUCUCUCUCCUCCCUCCUUACGUUUUCUUUGUUCUAUUCAAGGCCUGGUUCUUUGGGGAAGGGGGGGGUCGUCCUGUACUCUGUAAGAGCAAUAGCUGAAACUCAAUAGAGUCCCGACAAUAGCAGAAGAGGCAGCCAGCAGUAUGUUUUUGUUUUUAGUGUGAGUAUUUGUAUUUGUUUCUUGUACAAGGUGAACAUUUAGCAUUCAGUACAGUUCAAAUAAAGAGAUGAUUCAGAGA